UAAAAGAGUUUGUUUUCAAUCAGCAAAUUAUUAUAUUUAGUUAUGUUAGAGCAAAUGCAAAAGUGGUUGAAAAUCGAGGUAUUGUUUAUUUUUUAAAUAAGAUAUUUUUAUUUAAAACUUUUUAACAUUUUUUAUAUAUAUUUAGAUUUGAGUCAGUAAAAUAAAAUUAAGAAAAUAUAGAAAAAAAUCAAAAAAAAUGAUGAGAAAAUUGAAGAGAAAUCAAGCAUAAAUUGACGACUUUUAUGAUUAUCAAGGCCGAUCUUUCUUGCAUAUUCCUGUUGAUGUGGAUGUUGACUUAAAGAAAGAUGAACCACCAGAAAAGUGUUUUCUUCCAAAAAAACUUGUUCAUACAUGGUCAGGUCAUUCAAAAGGGGUUACCCCAAUCCGUCUUUUUCCAAAAUCUGGACACUUGCUCUUGUCUUCAAGUAUGGAUUGUAAGAUUAAGUUAUCUUGUUUCUGGCGAUGCUGAUAGAAAUGUUAAUAUAUGGGACUGGAAGACAACUAAAUUAUACUCCAAAUUUAAGGCGCAUGAUCAAGUGUGCAUCGGUUGCGAAUGGCUCCCUCAAGAAACGUCGAAAAUUUCUACUUGCGGUUGGGAUGGCUUGAUAAAACUAUGGGAUUAGAAUUGUAGAAGAACUAUGGUUUGACUUGUAACAGUACUUUAAUAAGUUAAUAUUAAUAAGAUAUUAAUGAGGAUAAAAAGACCAGGAAACAACAAUUAUUUAGAUAGUCGUCGUUAUUUGAAUUCUUUGGUAAUCUUGCGCAUAAUAUUUUGUUACAUUUAUUUAAAUUCGUCGGUAAUGAUCGCAUUGUAGCAUUUAAUUUAUUUGAAUAAAUAUUUUUUGCAA